AUGCCGCGGCCCGGGAAGAGCUCGUACAGCGACCAGAAGCCGCCGUACUCGUACAUCUCGCUGACCGCCAUGGCCAUCCAGCACUCGGCCGAGAAGAUGCUGCCGCUGAGCGACAUCUACAAGUUCAUCAUGGAGCGCUUCCCCUACUACCGCGAGCACACGCAGCGCUGGCAGAACAGCCUGCGCCACAACCUCUCCUUCAACGACUGCUUCAUCAAGAUCCCGCGCCGGCCCGACCAGCCCGGCAAGGGCAGCUUCUGGGCGCUGCACCCCGACUGCGGCGACAUGUUCGAGAACGGCAGCUUCCUGCGCCGCCGCAAGCGCUUCAAGGUGCCGCGCGCCGACCCCGCGCACCUGCGCCCCGGCGGCCCCAAGGGCGCGGCGGCGGCGGCGCUCCCCGGGGGGCCCCUGCACCCGCACCCCGCGCACCCCGCGCACGCCCCGCACCACCACCACCACCACCACCACCAUCACCACCACGCGGCGGCGGCGGCGGCGCACCCCCCGCACCCCCACCCGCACCACCCCCCGCACCACCCCCCGCCGCCGCCGCCGCCCGUGGUGCACUACUUCCACCAGCCGCCGCCCCCCGCCCCGCAGCCGCCGCCGCCGCCGCCGCCGCCGCCUCUCCCGUCGCAGGCGCCGCCGCCGCCGCCGGCCCAGCCCGCGCAGCCCGGGAAGAUGCACGAGGCGGCGGCCGUGGCGGCGGCGGCGGCGGCGGCGGCCGCGGCCGCGGCGGUGGGCGGCGUGGGGCGCCUGCCUCAGUUUCCCCCCUACGGGCUGGGCGCCGCCGCCGCCGCCACGGGCUUCAAACACCCGUUCGCCAUCGAGAACCUCAUCGGCCGGGACUACAAGGGGGUGCUGCAGGCGGGGGGGCUGCCGCUGGCCUCCGUCAUGCACCACCUGGGCUACCCGGUGCCCGGCCAGCUGGGCAACGUGGUGGGCUCCGUGUGGCCGCACGUGGGGGUCGUGGACUCGGUGGCCGCCGCCGCCGCCGCCGCCGCUGCCGCCGCCGCCGGGGUCCCCGUCGGGCCGGAGUACGGCGCGUUCGGGGUGCCCGUCAAGGCCCUGGGCCCCCCGGCCGGCCCGAGCCUGCCCGCCGUGCCCGUGCCCAUCAAGCCCACGCCCGCGCCGCCGCCCGCGCGCGCCGCCGCCGCCGCCCCGCAGCCGCCCGCGCUGCGCCCCGCCGCGCCGCCCGCCGCCGCCCCGCCCGAGCCCGCCGCCGCCAGCGCCGCCGAGAGCAAGCGCGGCCCGCUGCACCCCGCGCUGCUGCCCUCGUAG